CUCAGCCUCAGAGUCACAGAGCCUUGCUUUUGCGCGCGUACGAGUGGCUACGUGGCCUUCCUUUACCUCUCUUUCGCCCAGUUGUGUCUUUUUCAGGCCCUGACGCCCCAGUCUCCUAGUUUUAUCUUCCUCGCUCUCUUCCUCUUUCCUUCCUUUGAAGCUCAGCAUGCAGGAAAAAGACGCCUCUCCACGCGGUUUCCUGCCUAGCUUCCAACAUUUCGCCACACAGGCCAUCCAUGUGGGCCAGGAACCGGAGCAAUGGACCUCCCAGGCUUUAGUGCCCCCCAUCUCACUGUCCACCACGUUCAAGCAAGGGGCUCCUGGCCAGCACUUGGGUUUUGAGUAUAGCCGUUCUGGAAAUCCCACCAGGAAUUGCUUGGAAAAAGCAGUGGCAGCACUGGAUGGAGCUAAGUACUGUUUGGCCUUUGCUUCUGGUUUAGCAGCCACUGUGACUAUCACCCAUCUCUUGAAAGCAGGAGACCAGAUUAUUUGUAUGGAUGAUGUGUAUGGAGGUACAAACAGGUACUUCAGGCAGGUGGCAACUGAAUUUGGAUUAAAAAUUUCUUUUGUUGAUUGUUCCAAAACCAAAUUGCUAGAAGCAGCUAUUACACCAGAAACCAAGCUUGUUUGGAUUGAAACUCCCACAAACCCUAACUUGAAGAUGAUUGACAUUGAAGCCUGUGCUCAUAUUGUCCAUAAACAUGGAGACAUUAUUAUGGUCGUGGAUAAUACUUUUAUGUCGGCGUAUUUCCAGCGGCCGUUGGCUCUGGGAGCUGAUAUUUGUAUGUAUUCAGCAACAAAAUAUAUGAACGGCCACAGUGAUGUUGUGAUGGGGUUAGUGUCACUUAAUUCUGAGAGCCUUCAUGAUAGGCUCCGUUUCUUACAAAAUUCUCUCGGAGCUGUUCCAUCUCCUGUUGACUGUUACCUCUGCAUUCGAGGUCUGAAGACACUACAGAUCCGCAUGGAGAAGCAUUUUGAAAAUGGAAUGGCAGUUGCUCAAUUUUUAGAAUUGGAUCCUCGGGUAGAAAAGGUUAUUUAUCCUGGGCUGCCUUCCCAUCCUCAGCAUGAGCUGGCAAAGCGUCAGUGCACAGGUUGCCCAGGGAUGGUCACCUUCUAUAUCAAGGGCACCCUUCAGCAUGCUGAAACUUUCCUUAAGAACAUAAAGUUAUUUACUCUGGCUGAGAGCUUGGGAGGAUAUGAAAGUCUUGCUGAGCUUCCGGCAAUCAUGACCCAUGCGUCAGUACCUAAGAGUGACAGAGAAGUCCUUGGAAUUAGUGACACAUUGAUUCGACUCUCUGUUGGCUUAGAGGAUAAACAAGACCUACUGGAAGAUCUCGACCAAGCUUUGAAAGCCGCACACCCUCCAACUGCAAGUCACAACUAGCAUUCCAGCACUGCUUUUAGAAUUUGCUUCCUGAGAAGAUCAAAUCUUCUGAUAAUUUGAUGGACCAUUAACGAGCCUUCACAGAUUUUUCAAGUGAAGAUUUUAAGGCACCUCAUUACCCUUUCACAGCUGCAAUCUUCCAGGGAAUCAUCGCUUUUAAAAACAGUUUCUUCUUUCCCUUAUUGUAAUUGACUGGUCAAUUCUGUUAACUUCUUUUUGUUAAUUUUGGUGUACAUUUACCUCAGAAGGAGGUGAGAUUUAUGCUUCUACUGGGGAUUGUAUUGGUUUUUCAAGCUUAAGAUUUAUAUUGAUCGUGUUUUCAAUAUAGUGGUGAUUCAUUUUUGAUGUUUUCUGAGGAAUUUAAAUUAUUGUUAAAUCAAGAGUGAUUUUUGUUAUAUUGCUGAAAGCAGCACUCAAGGCAGUGGUUUACACUUAAUUACCAUAAGCCAAAAAUAAAAUAUUUGAAACAUC